AUGUCUCCGACCCCCAGCCAGGCGCGGAUGUCUCCGAACCCCAGCCACGCGCAGGCUAGUCAGACAACAUUUAUUGUGGAUCUUGUCCAGGUCAUUACGGCCUUCUCGAUUUCGAUGACGCACUUCAACAUGUCGGCGUCGAUGGCCUUCAGCGGCGUCUUCACGGAGCAGCUAACCUCGGAAGGCGCCGACCCGGUGCUGCCCACCUCGCAGGUCUCAUGGAUCGUGUCCACCUUCACCAUUGGCACCAUGGUGGGCUUCAUCGCGUCCAGCUACGUCAACCCGCUGCUGGGCAUGGUCCGCGUGAUGCAAGUCUUCUCGCCACUGGUGGUGGCCGGGUGGCUGCUGAUGGCGUUCGGUGACAGCUUCUGGGUCAUCCUGGCUGGCCGGAUGCUGGUCGGUGUUUCUAUCGGUGUCUGUCGCGGGCUCUCGGUCACCCACGUUGGCGAGAUCUCGUCCGUAAGCGUACGUGGCUACCUGACCACCUUGCUCAUCGUGAGCGGCUGCUUGGGCAUCACGUGUACCUUUAUCUUCGGGUGGCUGCUGGGUUGGCGUUACACGUGUCUGGUUAUUGGCAUUGCGCCAAUGACACUACAGUUCCUGACAUCCCUGAUGCUUCCGCGUUCGGCGAGGUGGCUCAUCUCCAAGGGACACUCGCUGGAGGAGGCGAAACGCUCGAUGCGCUUCUACCACGGUCAGGACUAUAACGUCGACAAGCAGAUUGAAGCAAUUCAGCAGUCGCUCGGUGAGGCGCACAAGCACGACGCAACACCGUUACAGGUGCUGUUCCAGCUUAAGCACCGGCACAACCUCAUACCGUUUUCCUUGAUCCUUGCCCUGUACGUCUUCUUUGUGUUCUCCGGUGCGUUCACGGCCACCGCCUUCGCGCCAGUUGUCUUCAAAGACGUGGGAGGCUUCACAAACCCCUACCUUGGCUCCAUAUUCGUGGGAAUCGCGCGCACAAUCACCACCAUCUUGUUCAGUGUCAUCAUGGAGCGCUUUGAAAGAAAGACGCUGCUGAAGAUAAACGGCGUGCUCGGGGCGGUAGCCUGUCUCGUCUGCGGCUGCUACUUCUACUACAGCGAACAGCUGAUCGACUACGGCUGGAUCGCCCUCGUCGCCAUCCUCGUCAUCGUCUGCUCCAUGUCCGCCGGCAUCAGUCCCCUGAUGAGCGUCUUGUUAUCGGAGCUUCUGCCCAACACCAUCCGUGCCGAGCUCAGUGGCGUGUGCAUGCUCUUCUACGGCACGGCCAACUUCACCAUGGUGUUUUCGUUCCCACUGGCCGUCUCCAGCCUAGGUAUGUACGGAGUGUUCUGGUUUUUCACGGCCAUGCACAGCCUGGUCGCCCUGGGUCUGAUCACCCGUACUCUGAUCGGUUACGGCCGCCUGCUCUUCACUGAUGGCCGGACGGACUCCAUCGGCGAGAGCAUGCGCAGCCGCAGCAACAUCCGCCUCCCGUUGAAAGCGUUCACGCUGAAGGCGCUGAAGGCGUUCCACGACGACAGUGCUACAGAAAAACACUCCGAUCGAUGA